AAUGCCAGAGUCUAUCGCCGGAUUUCUUACACUUCGCGGUAUUAAAGUCUACAACUCAACUAUCUUUGACUGGGGCGAAUCGGCAGCAAUUACGAAUACGAACCAUCCAGAAAUGGCGUCGCUGUAUGUUAUUCGAACCAACAUGACUAAUGGAUUGUUACCAGCCGGAUUCCAGUCACUAGAUUUCCCUCACAAUAUGCACGAUAUCGAUUUCUGCGUCACGAAUCUCCACACUUUACCUGAUGAUCUGGACUCAAAAUGGCCUCACAAUUCAGUUAUUAUGAUAGAAUUCAGUCAGUUGUUGAUCAUUCCUCCAGUAAUUUUACGGCUCGAGCCGAUCUACCUUUCUGUUUCUGGUAACCCGAUUACAGAAAUUCCGCCAGAGAUAUUUGAGAUUCCAGGCUUGCUCAUUCUUGGAAUUGGAGCGACGAAUAUCAACGAGCUUCCACGGGAUGUGACCCUUCCUUCUUCUACACUAUCCGUUGUACAACUUGGAGAGACCAAUAUUUCAUUUUUCUGGUCGUGGAUGGAUCAACUAAUUGAAGGACCAAUGGGACCAGUUUUGUUAUGGGCUUCAGACUCUCCGUAUUGCACAGACCUCUACAAGAUCCAGAAGGGGACAGCCGACACCUUCAGUGUCCCGAUGUCCCCGGAGUAUUCGUCAUGCUUGAUGAAUUCGUCGGAGACAAAUAUGGAAGUGAUCACGAAUACUGUUAUCUGUAUUAAGUCCGACCCCCACUUGUACUUUCUCACUAUAGACGACUUCAAUUUGGCAAUCAGCACCCCACAAGCAUUAGUUAGACCCUAA